AUGAAUAGCAUUCCUAUCUGGGGCGUCAAAUUCUGGAUGGAGUCCCAAAAGCACAAAGAGAAACUCCAGGCCAAACAAGAAGACGCCACUGAAAAUAAAAGAGGCAAGAAAUCACCGAGGCAGUCAGUGAGGGUAAAGAGAAGAGCUUCGAUAAAGAAGAAGAUGUCAAUGAAGAAACUUGUAGUUAAGGAAGAGAGGAAAUAAGAGUGUGAAGGCUAAGAGACCGAGACUUGAGACUGAUGAUGAUCUGGAGAGAGCUGAUGAUCAGAGAAUUCUUAAUGUUAAGAAAACAAAGGUCAAUGUGCAAGCAAGGACAUUCUUCAAGCCAAGUUUUGCAGAUCGAAAGGAAAAUUUAGAGAAAUCAGCAACGAAGAUAAAAAUUGUUGAUUUUGGGACAAGAGAGAAGGUUAAUAGUUUAAAAAGUAAAUAUUUUGAUAUGCCUGCUGGAGAGUACUGGGAUUGACCAAUAGGAGGAGGGAUUAGAUCAAUGUACCAUUUGGGCAAAGCUGCUCAAAAACAAGCCUUAAAGAUAAUUAUUCCUCCUACUAUAAUUCUCAGAACUGAUCAUAAAAAUAUGUUUGUGUAUACAAAGCCUGCUACCAAAUGUGUAGCAGUGAUAAAGGAUUCCAUGACCCCUAAAAGAAUAAUGAAUUAUCUUAAAGACCACUUAAACAGAGGGGGUCAAAAUGAUCCUCAAAAUAAAAAUAAUAGGAUAAAGACAAGUGUUUAUCCUAAAUACAUCAUCAGAUAUGGAUCAAAGGUUGAUAGGAAUUACAUAUCUUUAUUCUAUAAGCUCUCAGAUGUCUACCAACAAAUCUUAGAGGAUUGGGGCAAGUAUGAUAUGGCAAUCCAACCUUUCCUGAUCUGAAAAUCCCGGAAGCCUAGUGUCAUCCGAUGUGAAGUAGACUCUAAGCAAAGAGUUAAGACAUUCUUCCUCAAUAGCGAUAAAGAUGUCAGCGACUUUCCAUAUUUAGACAAGAGUAAAAUUCUCAACAAAUGGAAAGAUCCCCUGCAAUUCGGAAAGAGCAAGGAGGAAGAGAAAGAUGAUAGUAGUAUAGUUCAAAAGAUCUCAGAUCUUCACCGAAUUCCUAAUUCUGAACUCAUUAACUACUUCUGUGUAAGCACAGAAAUGGAAGAGCCAGAAAUUAAUAUCAUGGCAUGUAGACCUUCAGUCUACCCAAAAGCCGAGGAAUGGGCUAGAGAGUCUGUAUGAGCUCUCGAGAGAACCUUCUUCAUGGGAGAAUACAAGGUUUCCAACUGGAUCAUUGAUUUUAUCCAAUGUGUUGAUGGCUUGACAUAUCUUUCACAAAUAAAGUCUUUCAAAUGUGAUAAAAUUCAGAAGUUAAACACUAUGAAGAAAAACUUGAUCAGCACUAGAGGAAAAUCUGCCAAAAAUACACUUAACUGGCUGUUUCUAAAGGGCUUAGGAGUAAAGAACAUUCAGGGAUCUCAAGAUUGCCAAUGUCUUAUCUUUUGUAGUGCAAUUCCGGAGAAAAUGUCCCAAAAUAUAUCCACAUUUUUCAAAGAAAAUUCAAUGAUUCCUUCGUUUCAUACAAAGCUGCUAGAAUGGACUUUGAUUGAGAGAUAUAAAAUGGAAUACAAGAAGGUAUGCCAAUCAGAUUCCUUUAAAGACCCUCACUUGCUCUUCCCUCUUCUUUACAUUGUAAAUCUGACCGAAGAGGAGAUCUCUGGGUUGGGCAAGCCCAAGAAGGAGUUCUCCAUCAUGAAAAUUCUUCUUAAUGUUCUCAAGAAAGAGGAUGAUAAAAAGAACAAGAGCCAAGCUCUUCAAGAGAAUGAUACUAUCAAAUCAGGGAAGACCAAGCUGAGAUCUUGCUAUUUAUGAUAUUGCUUCCUGAAGAUGCUUUAUAAAAAUCGUAACAAAGUGCUAACAUUCCAAACUCCUCAAACUAAUGCUACUAUUGCACAUCUUUCAUCUCAGAAUUUAUCUGAAUGGCCAAUGGAGAACUACCAGAGGCUGCUUAAUCUCUAUGUUCAAUGUAUAAAGAGAGCAUAUCAUGCAGAGUUAUUAGUGGAUCCAGACCAGAUCAAGAGUAGCAAAUAUAAGCCAAUUUCUAGGUCAAAAACGUAUUCGAGUCUGAGACCAAAAACUUCAAGAGUUAAGCCAAACUCUUUCAUUACCCCUAGAGAGGAGGAGAAAGGAUGCCAAAUAAAAGUCACAAAUAAUUUGAGCAUGAAUCCUCCUGAUAACUCAGCAGAUAGGAAGCAAUCAUCCAGUAAUUUUCUAUCAGUUCAGAUCAAUAAUGACCUUGAUGUCAACUCUGAUAUGCCAAUUGAGAUGACUCCAAGCGUACCUGCAGUACCAGCAAAUGGUAACAUAGAAAUCAUCAGAAAGAAGAAAAAGAAGAACAAGUCAACUUUGUUUUACAAGAGAAAAAAUUAUACCAAAUACCCCAAAGCUCCAGAUCAAAAGGAGUCUUUUUAUACUGAGAAGCCACUAGAUAGAAUGGAAAAGGUGAAAACAGAAGAAAAAAAAUCAGCACGGAAUAUGUCUAAUAUGAACCGUUACAGCUCCUCCGUACCUGAGUUAACCAAGGUAUAUCAACCUAAGGCUGGCUCUAAAAAUAAGCUGCGCCAUUCUAAAACAUCAAGAGGCUGCUUCAGAAAAAGAGUAGCAUCUUCACAAAUCCAGCAAAGAGAAAGUGGUCAUAAGGUAAGUACCAUCCGUUGUCUCUAAAAUUACCCAAUAGUUCAUCAAACAAUCAAUUUGCGACACAUCAAAAGUUCUUCUGAGAGUACUAAAAGGAAGAAAUUACUCAAACUUCAGCCUAUAAUUCAAUCUCAAACCACUAUCU